AGAGAGAGAAGAAAAGAAAAGACAAAAGAAGAAGAUUGAUAGAGAGAGAGAGAGAGAGAACAGAGCGGAGGCCAACGCAUCUCAAGUGAGAACACACCACCGAGCAUCGCGGGCUCUCGAGAGUCUCUUGAGUUCCGAGCUCCAUCCCACUAAUAGUCGCUCCAUGUAGCAUUCUCUCGAACACUUAAAUAGCCUCUACUUCGUCUCUGGAUCCCAAGUUCCAUUCUCUAGGCCGAUCUUGAGCUUGUAAUUCUCUUAAUUCCAAAGAUCCGGCGGAAUUUGGAGGCGAUCUCCGGAGAAUGUGAAGAGAUUUAGAGAAGCAUGGCUGGAAAUGGCGGAGGAGGCAGCAGUAGAGUCAGCGGGGCUUCGAUCAGCGCCGCAGCGACGGCCAUUGGCUCAGCGGAGACCAGAUUUCGACCCACGGAAAGGAGGAGUAGAUGGGGAGGCUGCUUUGGUGGAUUAUCCUGUUUUGGAUCACAGAAAGGGGGGAAACGUAUUGUUCCAGCAUCCCGUAUUCCAGAUGGAAAUGCAUCAACAAGUCGUGCAAAUGGUCCCCAGCCUGGUGGACUUUCUAAUCAAAAUACAGCUCUGAACCUGUCCCUUCUUGCUCCACCGUCCUCACCAGCAUCUUUUACAAACUCUGCACUCCCUUCGACGGCUCAGUCACCUAGUUGUUUCUUAUCAAUAUCUGCCAAUUCUCCUGGAGGUCCAUCUUCAACCAUGUUUGCAACGGGGCCAUAUGCUCACGAAACCCAGUUGGUCUCGCCUCCUGUAUUCUCAACUUUUACAACAGAGCCUUCUACCGCUCCACUCACCCCUCCACCUGAGCUGGCUCACCCUACAACUCCCUCAUCCCCAGAUGUGCCUUUUGCACGGUUUCUUUCAUCUUCAGUGGAUCUUAAAGGCACUGGUAAAGAGAAUGGAAUGCCUUACUUGUCAUCAAAUUAUGCUAUGGGAAGUGAUCUCCAAGCAAAUUAUCCACUUUAUCCAGGAAGCCCUUCUAGCAGCCUUAUAUCACCGGCUUCAGGAACUCCCCGGACUGGGUUGUCUUCGCCCUUUCCUGAGCGGGAGAAUUCUGGACAGUGGGAUACUUCUGCAUCUGCACAUGACUCGCCCUAUCCCGGGACUGGGGCUUCCAAAAUUUUUGGACUUGAUUCUGCCUCCAGAAGUUUUAUGUUGUCUCCAGAUUCUGGUUUCUUUUACCCUGCGACAUCUGCACAGUUUUACUUGGACCAGGCACAACAAUCAUCAUUUCCUUAUGGUGGAGCACGGCUAAGCAUUUCCAGGGAGGCAGAUGUUUACUCCAGUAGUGGAAACAGACACAGCAAAGCUUGCAAACAAGAUGUGGAGGAGAUUGAAGCUUACAGAGCAUCAUUUGGAUUCAGUGCGGAUGAAAUCAUCACUACACAGAACUAUGUGGAGCUAUCUGAUGCACUUGAUGAGUCCUUUACCAUGUCUCCCUUUCCAAACAAUAAAACAUGUACAGAACAGUGCCCAGGAACUGAGUUGGGCGGUGAAGGACAAAAGAUGGAGACAACACAGUCAGAUAUCCCAGAAGCUGCAAGUCCGAAGGAAGUGUUGGAUCAGCUGGUCAAUGGAGUUCAUUGUGAAGUGCCCAGCAACACAAAUGCAGGUCCUCAACCAAAUUGUCAAUAUAAAGAUGCUUCUCAUUUGGAUGAUGGCAACCGUUCUGUGAAGGGCGCGGAGAAUAAUCCAAGGGCCGCAGACCCCCACGUCAGCAAGAGAGUUCGGCCAGGUGAAUCGUGCUCAGAUGCAGAAAUUGAUUAUAGAAGAGCAAGAAGUUUGAGAGAAGCAAAUGGCAUUCUGGCCUGGCGAAACUCGUUGCCUUAGCUGGUAGCAUGUCUGUACUAAUUUGCAGGAUAAUUUUAUUUUCGUAGUCAGUUAUCAAGAAUUUGUUUGAGCUCUCUCUGGAGAAAGUAUUGAUCUUUAUGCUGGUUGUACUAUUUGUGAAUUCUAAUUUCUGAUAGUGCGUUGAUAUGUGACAGACGCUACUCUAAUUUCAAGUUGCCGUGUUUCUGUAACCAUUCCAG